CCGCCUUGCCCACAGGAGGGGGCUGCGGCUGCGUGUGGGGAGGGGGGUGGACGCCAAGUUGCGGUUUGAUUUGCGGGGAGUAGAUGAUGCUGUGCCCAAGCGUAUCCGUGUUUUCCUUCGGAAAUACGACAGGGAGCGGGGUGUCGCAGCCCCCAAGCCUGGAGCGGUGGCGGGGCCGGCCCUGCCGGCGGUGCUGCUCGGCCUGCAAAGGCUGCGCCCAAAGUUGAGCUUAGUCUGUGCAAGGGAGGGCCUUCAGUAAGGGGCAGAAGCGUGUUGGCAUCAUGUCUGGCUCUUGACUUAGUGUUGUAUAUUUCGUGGCUGCUGUUAAAAUCACCUGGCUUGAAAUUUAACGGUAUGAUGAAAAGUGAUAGUAAGGUCGAAAAUGCAUUAAUCUUUGAAGACGGGAUGAGCUAAUUGUACAGAACGCUUCCAAUGAGCUGGCUAGGGAUUUAUUUUCCCCCUUCCUUUUUCCAGUUUAUCAAUGAUACGUGUAGAGAUUGGAACAUUGAUUAUUUGCCUAAUAGGAAAAUAUAUAUCCAAAAUUGGGAGGGAGGGAGUAAACAGUGUUCCUUUUUUCCACUGAGUAAAUAAAAUGUACUGCUGGUAUAGUGAUAGUUUAAAAUUAUUGAAAUAGCAUUCCUUUCUUAUAGAUCAUGCUGUUAUUUUUUAAAUGAUAUUUAUUGUUUCUGUUCUGUCACUCUUCUGUCAGCUUUCCACAAGUGGUGUGGGCUAAAUGUUUUCUAAAUAGCACAUAUUAAAUUCAGAUUUUAAAAAUUUCAAGUAUUUUAAAUGUAGCUGAGUGUCUAUAGCAUCAUAAGUCUGCUUUUAGACAUGGCUGCAAAGUAAGUAGUAAAUACUGAUCACUGGACCCUUAAAUGCACAAUACAUGAACAUCACAGUCAUUUUUGUAAGGAUAGUGCACAACUGGAAUGUCUUGCAAGUAAUAUAAAUAUUUUUUCUCUGGUUUUGAGAUAGGUCAAAUACUAUCUCAGAAAGCAUUCCUUCAGUCCUUUGCUGGUUUAUAUUUUCUGUCUGGUCUUGGCCCUAAUCCUACAAAGCGCUAAAAAUGGACUUAAUUUGAAACACAAAUAGGCCUAGUGGAUACACAAAUUUAAAUAUGUGCAUUCUUUGCAAAAUUAUGGCCUUUGUUUAUAUCCGCAAAUGCUUUGCUCCUGACACGUACUUUGGUUCAGCAAGGAAAAGAAAAAUUUAACUAGAAAAGCUUUUCAGUGCUUCAUUCACCCAUUGCUCCUCACUCAAAACAAAUUAUUUUUCUCCAAAUUUUGGUGUUGUCACUGAGCGUAAAAGUUAAGAUUGUUUUUAGUCCUUUGAGUUACAAACCAGAACUUUUUCAUAUUUCCAAGCAUGCAGGGGAGAGAGAAUUUAUAUUUAGAAAGUUGAACUGAAUUCAAAUGUCAGUUACUGCUGUUGUGAAACAGAGUACUCACUGCAAUUUGCCCUUGUUUCCAGUAUAGGGAUGAGACAUUUAUUUCUUUUUAGUACUGAAAUAACAAGUUCAAGACUGUGGCUGUUACAGCACCUGAUAACAACGUGAACGUUUAAUUCAAAUCUGCAAUUUAAGAACAAACCUGCAUACCUAGCCUUAUUCUUUCCUGUCACCCCUGUGCUACUGAGGCCAACAUUGGCUUGUCCUUGCUUCUGGUUACCUUGUUUGGAAUCAGUCAUGGCUGAUGACUCUCAGAGAAACUUUCGAUCAGUGUAUUAUGAGAAAGUGGGGUUUCGUGGAGUUGAAGAAAAGAAGUCACUGGAAAUUCUGUUAAAAGAUGACCGGUUGGAUAUUGAGAAGCUUUGCACAUUUAGUCAAAGGUUUCCUCUCCCAUCCAUGUAUCGUAUACUGGUGUGGAAAGUGCUUUUAGGAAUUAUUCCUCCUCACCAUGAAUCUCAUGCUUUGGUGAUGAAGUACCGGAAGGAGCAGUACUGGGAUAUACACCAUGCUCUUCGUGUAAUUCGUUUUAUUAAUGAUUCUACCCCACAGGUAGAUGUUUUCCUCCGCAUACAUCAACUGGAAUCAGGAAAAUUGCCCCGAAACUUGGCUUUUCCAUUGGAACCUGAAGAUGAAGUGUUUCUUGCUAUUGCUAAAGCAAUGGAGGAAAUGGUGGAGGAUCCUAUAGAAUGCUAUUGGCUUGUCAGUUGCUUUGUGAAUCAGCUGAGCAGCAAGCACAAAGAUUCAUUACAACAACUGCCUAAAAUUCUGGAGCAGUAUUUGAACAUUGAAGAUAACAGGCUCUUGAUGCAUCUGAAAGCAUGUGCUGCAAUGAGCAAACUCCCUUAUGAUCUUUGGUUUAAAAAGUGUUUUGCAGGUUGUUUACCUGAGUCCAGUUUACAGAGAGUUUGGGACAAAGUUAUUAGUGGGUCCUGCAAGAUUCUCGUUUUUGUUGCUGUGGAGAUAUUAUUAACCUUUAAAAUGAAAAUAAUAGCACUGAAUACUGCAGAAAAGAUCACACAGUUUUUGGAAACUAUUCCUCAAGAUAACACUGAUGCUAUUGUCAGCAAAGCUGUUGAUUUGUGGCGCACACACUGUGGGACUCCAGCACACUCAGUCUGAGAACUUUCUUCGCUUAUGACAGCUUGGGGAAAAUAAAAAAAGACAUUUGAAAAGACAUUUUACCACUCUUCCCUUAUCCUAGUGUGAAGUUCUUCAUCACCUCUUCUAUGUAAAGAUGCUAUUAAAGCAGCUAAUAGCAUAGUGAUCAAUAUGUAAGUAUUUUUCAAUAAAUACAGGUGGAUUGAAGAUACCUAGUGGUGGUGUGAUCAAGGCCAGAAUGUUUCUUGGCCAGCCAGCUACAGUAUUCUGAUUGCACAGUGUGCGCUCUGACUUUUGGGGAAGUAAAUCUAACUCUUGAAGCAAGGUAAAUAGACUUACUUGUAAUUUAAAAAUGUUUUUGUAUGCCAGUUUGUAUUUGAUAUACUUGUUACUACUUGGAGGUGUUUUUAAGGUGAAUUUACUAAAUGUUAGUCUGCUGGAACUCUUUGGUGAACAAGCAUGCCUUUGCUAGAACUGUAAAUAUACUCUAUUAAUACUGUAAAUUUUCAGGUAAAUGUUCAGGAAGAGGCAUCACAAGUUUGUGGUAGAGGACAUCGCAAUGACCAGGGCUGACAUGCUUUUCUGAAGUGUCUUAAAAUACUUUCUUUUUGUCUGUCAGCCAGCUCUCUAUGGGUGUACCUUCUUCUUUGUUCUUCAUGGAAAAUGCUCUAGAAAGGUGGAUCUGUCCUAUACUAAAGUGUAACUUUGGGCAGGUAUGGAGAAAAUCAGUGGGACAGGUCAAUAUAAUUCAGAAUUACAGGCCAGUAAUAAACAAUGCCUCUGUUGAAUGCUUGGCUCAAAGUUGUUGUAAUUUGAUUCUUGUUUGGUUUAGAUUGCAACAUAAAUUUAAUACAGAGAUGUAA